AUCACUCAACCCAGCCAACCUCGCAAAAACAACUUCCGAAUUUCAUCCUCUCCCCACGCAUCCUCACAUCCUCGUUUCAACCCCCACCCCUACCUUCAUCAUCAUCCACCGCUGUCAUCUAUCCUUUCUUCCACCGCUUUCAUUUCUCCUGUUUUCCGCCCUCAUCCGUCGCCAACCCUCUCAAUCCAAUAUUCUGUCACCGUUCCCCUAAACACCAAGAGAUACAGGAUGGGAUAUCGCAUCGUAGCUGUUGCUGGUAUGCCUGUCGGCUCCAAUGAAGACGAUGUCAAGCGCAUUCUUUUCCCUAAGCGCGAGAGGUGGCCAAUUCAUCGCAUCACUUUCGAUCCGGUCAAGGAGCUUGUCUACAUCCAGUUCGAUCACAACCUGCACGGCAUCGAGGCCAUCAAGUUCCUCAACAAGAAGGGGUAUACCGCACAGUGGUCGCCUACCGGAUUCGGGACGUCUACCCAUUCGUCCGCAAGCCCCGGUGUCGCGGAUUCUUCGCCCAAUGGAAGUCCUAACGGUGGUGGAUUUCGCGGACCUGUUGCGCCUGGCUUUCACGGCGAUACCUUCAGGAGGUACAUCAAGACCCCGGGUUCGUCGCCCAAACUGAAGUCGUCUCCAACCAGUCAGCAGCCUUCGCCGCCCAUUCCUACCAUCCCGAUGUCGACUGCCAGAGCGACCACCGUGAAGACCACCGUCAUGUCUUCGGUCAGAGCCUUCGCGAAAGAGUACCAGAAAGUUGAGAGCGUCUUCGUCUCUCCGAUCCCCACCGAUAUCACUCGUCCGAUGCUGUGGCGCCUACUCGAGACGUACGGAAAGGUCAAAGGUCUUCGUCUUCAUAAGAGGACUGGCCAAGCGUUCGCCGACUAUUUCGACAUGGUCGACGCUACCAAUUGCGUUGAGAACUUCGAGCGAGAUCACGGCUUUCCCGCCAACUGGGCUCCUCACUACGCUAUAUUCGGCAAGAAUCAAGACAAGAAGUGCCCUUCCGUUGAGAAGAACGAUGCGGUUCCGCUCGAGCAGAAGUCGCAGAUCCAAAAGCAGGACGUCCAGGAGCAGUCUGAUUCGGAUGAUCAGAUCGAAAUACAGGAUACUGCCACGGUCGUCACCGCUGUUACUGGAGUCACGGAGCCUUUUGCCGAUUACAAGUCAAUGUUCGCUCAGCAGAAAGAAAUGAAUCAGCACUACAAGGAACUGAUUGACCUCAAGGAUCGUGCUCAGGCGAAGGCAGAGCUGGAUUGGAUGGCCGAGCGUCACGAGCUCAUCAACCGCCUUGCUAUCGCUACGGAUAUGGCGACUGCUGAGCGUGCUCAGCACGCUGCCGAGCGUCAGGACCUUCUCAAUCGCAUUCUUGCGGCCGAGCAGAAAUCUACCGCUGGCGUCAACGGGAAGAGCGAUCUGCAAGAUGCCAUGCUCCACGAUAUCAGCACCUCGAAGGGACAUCUCAUGCUCAUCGAUGAGCAGAUGCAGGCUCUCCAUGAUAUCCUCACCAAAUACCCAGUUUAA